UGGUUUAUUUUCUUUUCUCUUUUUCUCAACACAAAUGAAAAGCGGGAAAUUCGUUUUCUCUCUAAACAUAUGAUUCACUUUUCUUUUUUGCUUUUUUUUUCUUUUUUUUCUUUGUUUAUUUUUUUUCCAUUAUUUUCAUUAACCUAUUUUACUUUUUUAGUUCUAUUAAUCAAUUUAUCUUUUAAACAAUUUAUCUCAAUGUGAUAAACCAAAUGUCCGAAUCUCUUUCAAAUAGUGAAUGUGAAGUGAAUGAAAUUGAAAUAAUUCGAGACGAAAUUAGUGAUUUGGAGAAACAAUUAAUGGAGACUUUGGGUUUGCCUUCAUCUUUUUCUACUACAAAGAGACACUUUAAAUCGAAGGAAGAGAAAAAAGAAGCAAAGACCAAUAAAAAAAAGAAAAGCAAUAAAAAUCUCUGCAAGUAUUGGGCUCAAAGGUAUCGAUUGUUUUCUCGUUUCGAUGAUGGAAUCCAAAUGGACUCGGAAUCUUGGUAUUCGGUGACUCCUGAAUUGAUCGGGAAUCACAUCGCAUGUAAAUGUGUGAGAGAUGGAGAAAAGUCAAUGGUCAUUAUCAUGGAUCCUUUUUGUGGAGUGGGAGGGAAUGUCAUUCAAUUCGCUUUGAAAUCACCAAAUGUCUUUGUGAUCGCAAGUGAUAUCGAUGGAAACAAAGUGCGAAUGGCCAAACACAAUUCGUGUAUCUAUGGUGUGGACAAUCAAAUUGCUUUUCUCGUCGGCGAUUAUUUCCAAAUAUUGUCCACCAUUAAAUUACCUGUUGAUUGUAUUUUCUUGUCUCCCCCUUGGGGUGGACCAAACUACUUGUCUCAAAAAGUUUAUUCCUUGUCCAAUAUGAGACCAAAUGGAUUUGAAAUAUUCGCAGCAGCAAAAGAACAUGUUUCAUGUAAUAUCGCAUUUCUAUUGCCGAGAAACAUUGACAGAGAUGAAAUUAAUUCUCUGCUUCAACCAAAUGAAUCAGUGGAAAUUGAACAAAAUCUAAUUAACAACAAACCCAAAACAAUCACCGCUUAUUUUGGCAAUUUGGUUGACCAAACAAACUCAAGUUGAUCUUUUCUUUUAUUGUUAAUCUUUUUAAUUUUUUUCUUUCUACUUAAAUCAAUUGACCAAUAACAUUGUCCAAAUUGUUUCUUUCGAGAUUAAACAGUUUAAUGUCUAACGGAGCUUAUGAACUCACAAUCGAUCAGGACAAAGAUGAAAUUUUCGGUAGAUUAACUCAUGGCUUGAAUUCAGUUUGAUUUUGAAUCAUUAGACUAUAAAGUAAUUGGUUUUAAACAAUAACAAUUCAGUUGUAAAUAUUAAGAUUAAGUUUGUAUUUUAUUUUGACUACAAUUAAACAAAAUAUUAAGAUGAUUAUCAAAUUGUUUACAUUCUGAAACAAUAUAAGCAUAAGGAUAAAAACUCUUUUUACACAUAAAUGUAAUUGGCCCUGAAAAGGGCCGUUUUUUGGUUAUGUGAUAAACAUAAUGAUGAUGAUGAAAAAGGAAAGGGAUGAGGGAGAUGAAAAGAGAUGAGAA